AUGCAAUCGAAUCAAGAUGGUCCACUGUUGAUAGAAAGUCCACUUGUGUGGUGUGAGAUUUCUACCGAAUGCUCUGUCUCGCAGCAGAGUCUCAGCCAAGCCGGUAGCAGCAGUUCCAGCUCUAGUUCCUGUCUCGAUAGCACUUCCUCGCAGCUGCUGAAGACCACCAAACUGCUGGCCAAUUUGGACUGGUGCACGGAUGUGGUAGGCAAACAGCAGAAGAAUGGUGGCGGGAGCAGUGGAAGCAGCAGCAGCACCCGAGGCAGCACCAUCGGGGAUGGCAAUGGGAAUUCCGGCAGUGCCGUUCGGAGUAUCGGUAGCGUGGAGAAUGUUUACACACCCCCGCAGGGUAGUAAUAAAUCCAUUGGGAAUAGCAGCAGUGCCGGCACCGCGACCAACAACUUCAGCAAACACCAUCACCUGAUUGCAUCUUCUAGUCAAGCCUCUGGUAAGCUCCUGGGAAGCAGUGCUAAUGGCGGCAGUUUGAACAUGAACGGUGGCGGCGGUUUCGUAUUCGACUACGAUUGUGAUUACGAUAACGAAGAGGAGUUCAACUAUCUGGCCCGCGCUGCAGCUGCCGUAGCAGCAUCGACCAGUGCCACCAGCUCUUGCACUCCCGGUGGGACAAAUGCGGCUGUUUCUGCUGGAGUUCGCAGCGGUAGCAGCAAUAGCAAUAGCAGCAGCAAAAAUCGCGUUUCGUUCGAUGCCAACAUAAGUGAUUUCCAGCAAGUUCCUCUUAUUGGAGACUUCAAUAUGGAUGGAAGCGGCCUGCUGAAAACCCGAAGGUCCAACAGUCUUACCACGACGGCGAGCAGUGCAUGCGGACUUUCGGUUGGCGAGCUGCAUCAGCAAAAGCAUAACAACGAAUAUUUAUCAGCGGAAAAUCUAACUAACCUGCAGCUUCUGCAGAAUAAACCGAGGAGUUUCUCCUAA